AUGAAAUCAACAAGCAGCAGCUCUAUCGACAAUGGCGCCGAGGGGGAGGAGAAUCUGCCGCUAGGCCAAGCCAUCCGGCUGUACCCCAGAGUCGUGGCGUACUGCCUGUCCCUCUCCAUCGUCAUCGUUGGCUGGGGCUACGCCUUGGUCAUCGUCGGCUCCAUUGUCGCCGUGGAGCCGUUCCAGAGGGAUUAUGGCGAGGUAUACGAGGGCAAGCUGAUCAUCCCCUCGCUCUGGGUCUCGCUGUGGUCGGCGUCCAUUCCGCUGGGCAUGGCAAUCGGCUCCGUCUUUGCGGGAUGGUACCAGGACCGCGUCGGGCGCAGAUGGGGUUUGAGGACCGGCGCCAUCGUCUGCGCGUUCGGCGUCGCCGGCAUCUUCUUCUCUUACCUCCCGUCCGACAUGAACGCCAUGCGGGCCAUGUUCUUCGUCGGCAAGACGGUCCAGGGCAUCUCUAUCGGCAUCCUCAAGGUCACCGUCAUGACCUACAUCUCCGAGACGGCCCCGACGGCCCUCCGCGGCUCGGCGAUGGGGCUAGUGCCCACCGGCAACCUCAUCGGGCAGUUCCUCGGCUCCAUCGUCGUGUACCUUGUCAACGACGUUCCGACCAAGGCGGGCUACCUCGCAUCCUUCGGUUCGCAGUGGAUCCUCGCCGUCGUACCGUUUGUCCUCUCCCUCGUCAUCCCCGAGAGCCCGGCCUACCUGGAGGAGCGCGGAGAGUCGGACAAGGCGGCCGAGGCCUCUCGGAAACUUUACGCGCCUCGCGUCGAUGCGAACAAGGUCUUGGAGGGUGUCCGCGCCAGCAUCGCCGAGGAGAAGGAGAUCACGGCCGGGGCCAGCUACCUGACGUGUUUCAAGGGCACGAACCGAAGGAGAACGUUGAUCGUCAUCAUGGCCAACCUCUUGCCGGCCCUGUUCGGUCUCGACCUCCUCUCCAAGUCGAGUUACUUCCUGCAGACCAUUGGCAUGAAAUCCAGCACCAGUCUCAUGAUCCUGAUCGGAGGCAUCGUAGCCGGUACCUGCGCCAACGGUCUCGGAAUCUGGGUUCUGUCCCGCGUCGGACGGAGGAAGGUGACCCUGAUCUCCUUGUCCGUCUCGACCGUCAUCUGGGCUGCCGUCGGUAUUUCUGGCAUCUGGAGAGGCCCGGUCGUGGCAUACUUGACGGCCGGAGGAUGCAUUCUCAUCAUCGUCGUCUGCGGCAUGAGCGUGUGGCCGGCUUCGUACGCCAUCAUGGGCGAGACGAGUUCCCUGCGGCUGCGAGCGAAGACGCAGGGCAUCGGCGGCGUCGCCCAGCAAGGCUCGUCGGUGGUGAUUAGCAUCGUUCUACCUUAUGCUUACAACCCCGACGCCGGCCACCUGGGGGCCAAGACAGGCUUCAUUUACGUCGCUCUGUGUGCCCUAGGAGUCGCGCUGUGCUGGUUCUACCUGCCGGAGAUGAAGGACCGAAGUGUGAUGGAGAUUGACCACAUGUUCAGUCUCAGGCUGCCCGCCCGGAAGUUCAAGAAGUGGAGAGGCGAUGUCGAGUCCAAGUGA